AUGCUUAGGAAUUUGCUUUUUUCCACUGCGUUUCUGCCAGGAAGCCAGUUUCUGGCUCUUGCGACGAUUCCGAACAAUGUUGAAGGAUGGUAUUCUGAGUCCAACUCUUUGACUUGCGACUACCCCCAAACAUACGUCUCAACUAGCCUCUCAUCGGGGGUAUAUGGAAGGUGCUGCACAGGUAGAACAUCAGGCUCAUACGCCUGCCCUACCGGACAAAUAUGUCAUGUAAUGGCUAUUUACGAAUCCUCCACGACCGGCCAAGCAGCACUUGAUCACUUUUGCGGAGAUGCAGAUUCAAAGAAAACAACUGAACUAUUUCGAACUACUGAUGCCCCAACCGCUACGCCUGGUUUUGCUACGGUCGUCCCCCGCGCACCUCAAACAAUACCUUUUGGAAUCCCGACUUCUCUCUCUUCAAACAAUGACGAUGACUCUAAAGGCUCUGGGAGUAAGGCCUGGAUUGCUGGCGCAGUACUUGGACCUGUGGUGGGAUGCGCGCUCCUUGGCGCCGGAGCUUUCUGGUUUAUUCGGCGACGCCGUGCAUCGAAGUUAAGCAAUGACUCGGAGAGUGAACUUUAUCAGGGCUCACAGAAAGCAUAUGAGUUGGAUUCAAGUUGCGAGGCCCCGGUUCCAGCUCCUAUUGUAGAGGCACCGGCAUCGGCACCUAUAGCUGAAGCCCCGACGCCUUCAACGGAAGUCUCCAUCCCGUCACCCAUAGCAGAGCUUCCGGCGCCAACAAAGUAG